AUGAGUUCUGAUGAGUCAUCCUCCAGCAGAACUGAGAGUAAUUCAUUAUUUGGAUACAUCAGUAGCAGCAGAGAAAGCAAUACCUUUUUUCUAUCACCACUUAGUGAAGAUGAAAGUAUUGACGCUGUUUUCUCAAGCAAAUCGAUUCCUGUGGUCAAGAAACUUAUGAAGAGGUUGCUAAAAACUUCAUCUAUGUUGAAAACUUCGAAAGAACGCUUGGAUAAUUUUCAACAUGGAAACGAUAGUGGUGGUGAGCUGUUCAUGAAUGAAUCUGAUAAUUUGAGCAAAUCAUUAAACUUAUACCAUUUUUUAUGGGGGAGACUUUUGUUUAUCCUACACGAUGAGCACGGGAAAUGCUCGGAUUCUUAUUCAAAUUCAUUAAAUUUACAAGAUCGCAUUCCUUUCGAAUCAUUGGCGCAUACUAUUCAUCACAAUAAUGAGUUUUGUGAUGUUCUUGGUGAAAUCACAAGCCGCUCAUUCGAGCAACAAACUGAUAGUGAUGAAGUUCUUAAUGACCCUUACCGUGCAAUAUUAAAGGAAUUCCAACAAAAAAUGACCCAGAUUCAGUUAAAUGCAACAUUUUGCGCUCUUUUUGUUGUUGAGGGAUCUCGUGAACACUAUUUAGACCCAGUAUCAGUGGAUGAUCUCUGUAGUUCUGUGAUAAAAGAAACAAGUCGCCGCAACAGAUUAGUACCUCUAUCGCUAAUGUUCAGCAUGUUUGACCAAGAUGUGCUCGCGAUUAAUGACGCAUUGACAUGCGGAACAUUAAGUGUCCUUCUGCAACGUUUUCGCCACCUAGUUCAUCGUCUAUUUGGUCAAUUUUCUGAAAGGAAAAUGAAUGAAGAAUCUAAUCGUCAUGAAGAUAGUUCGGUAAACCAACAACAUAAUGCAGUAGUCAUACAUAGUGAAGCAAAUUCAAGGAAAGGCUCACAAAGAGCGUCUUCGUCAGUACCUCGAUCAUCUUUGCCUGAUGGCUUACAUUUGCCGAACCUCGCAGUUAAAACUGUCCAUAUAAGUAAGUUAGCUGACAACGAAGUGGUACAAGACUCACCCCUACCAGUCACCUCAUCUAUAAAUGGUACUUCUGCUGAAGCUGAUCCAUUUUCAACGCGCUUCCCUAAUGUUAAACGUAACAGAGAACGAGGGGAUUCACCUAUGCUCAAAAAGUCAAAGUGGUUUGAGCAGGAUAAUAGUACAUUAUUAUCUCUAUCUUCAUGGCAUCCCUGUAUAGCUGAUAAAGUUGGUCGAGGACCUGGAUGGUGCUACAGCAAACAAGGUAAUGGAUGUGAUUAUGGGGAAAUUGUUGGGCUCACUGUAGAUGAUGAAGUGAUUGUUAGAUGGGUUACGAGCAUCGAUGUGUCUCAUGAGGAGGCUGGCCGUUUGUUUCGUUAUAAGUAUCCCCCUCCCUUCCUAGAGGUUGUUCCUUGGGAUGACUACCUGCAAAUGUACACUAUGAACAUUGACAACAGCAUGCUCUAUCUGACUGAAUUUACUCUAACCUGUGCAGUUCUCGGCGUAUUAUGUCAACAACAUGAAACUGUUCUACCUGUGUUACAGUUCCAAACUAUAGAGUCAGCUGUUCAUGCCAUUCAAUCUAUGGAUCUGGCUGAAUCCAAGAGGUCGCUUGAAAACAGCAUGGAGUCCCUGAAACAAAAUGAAACGGUGCUUAUAAAUCAUAAUAACAGUAUCACAAAGGAAAUAAACUCUUCUGACAUACUUUUAAAUUGGUGUCCUUCGAUGCGCAACGCCAAACAAAAUUACAGAGAACAGAGAGAAGUUGUUGCGAGGAUAGGUUGGGUCUUGAAUGCGCUUCUUAUGCAUAAAAAAUUAGCCUUAUUUUUCCUGGCUCAUGGAGGCCCUUCUCAAAUUUUGAGAAUUAUAAAUGGCCCAUUAGAUAUGUCCACAGUGUACGGGUGCUGCAUUGUUCUUUCACAAAUUUCAAAAACAUCAGUUUUUGAAGAAGUUCUGAGAAAUUAUAGGGAAUUCUUCCACCCCAUAAUGACAUUUAUUAUUGAUCAGUGGAAAAGUAAUUCAAGUACCGAUGUCCAGGAGAGUGCCGGUGCCUUUUUGCUUAAUUGUCUGAGCUUUCCAUGCGCUCUGGAGUUUUUUGACAACCAUGGUGGUGGGACCCUUCUAAUGGACACUAUAGAGAACCUUUUGAAAAUGUCCGAAGAGCGCUUUGAUGUCGUAUUCCCCGUACUCCAACUUGUGGUUCUAAAAUGUCUCAACACGUAUCUUAUAGCACAUUUAAUGCUUUCAACCAAAGUUCUCUUUCGGAAACAUCGUGUUCUCUCCUCGAUGAUUACUAAAGCUUCUCCACAAACAGCCCUUCCUCGAGAUUUAGGGAUUAUUGAUUCGAUUUUGUUCUUUUUUGCCUCUCCGACGCCAACGUUGCCCGACGUGUCGAUUGAGAAUGUUCUGAGUUUAUUGGUACCGGAUCACCUUCCUACUCUAAAAAAGGUUGUAGACGAAGGCUUGCACCGCACCUUGCUGCGGUGUAUUAAGUUUUACCUCGCCCAAAGCGCGUGGGAGCCUCUCGCAGUGGCUCUUCAGGUGUUACGAGUGUUGACGGUCAUCCCUUUUGUCCGUCCUCUGGUGAUCGAGCCCUACGCCAACGAGUCCGGCAUUAGUGAGCUGCUGUUGAUCGUGAAGGCCCUGCACGUCUCCUCGCAGGAUCGGAACUGCACGCGGGAGUACCACCUCUUGCCCUGCACUGUCUCCGCGCUGCAGGUUCUGCUCCACCUCCUGACCCCGCCCCGCGACGGCGCCGACGAGGCCGCGCUGCGGGGCUUCACCCACGUUUGUGGCGACUUCCGCGCCGCGAACGGGGUGCGCACGCUGUUCGACCUCCUGCGCCUCUCCAAGGACGCCACCUUUGCCGCGAAGCUGCACCUCUUCCCGGUGGUGGCGCGGGUGGUGCAGCUGAUGGGGGUGCUCCGCCGUUACGGGGACACCCGGCUGUUACUGGACUCCCUCGGCGUCCACCGCGAGGCACAGGACCUCCUGCAGGGCUACGCCAGCGUUCAACGGGAGGCCACGGCGCGGCUUGGGCCCCGACGCCUGCUCGGGGUGGAGGGUGACCCCGUCGGGCGCUUUAUGGAACAUGUCAAGGCCCUCCUCCCGGGCACCGCAGGGGGAGACGGGGGAGGGGGGGGCGACGGCGCACGCCUCCAUCACGGCGACCCGCUCGAGAUGGAGCGGCGCAGCCGCAUCAUCGCCCACGCCACGAUCGACUACGCACGGGAAUCCUUACUGGCGUUGAUCGCGAACCACCUCGAGAUGGAGGAGGGGGGCGCGGCCGCCGCGCGGGUGCUUCGGGCUGAGGCGAAACUCCCCGCACCCACCCCACACGCCUCCGGAGACCCCGCCAUCACCCUCGAUGGGAUCAUCCGAACCUACCUUCGACAGCAACAAGAGAAGUGCCCGAACCCGAUUGAAACCCUCCCUCAAUUCGAUCUGACGAAAAAACAUGUCUACGUGCCCUUGCCACACCCAGCAGAGGAAUCACGAAACGUUGUGAACCGUUUACUUGACCGAAAGCUAGGCACCACGCCGUCCCUUCGCGCAAAUGUCUACACCAACCGCCUUAUUUACCAAUGCCCUGCGUUUAUAUUUAAUAUUACAGGUGGGGAUGAAGGACUCCAGGGGGAAAGCAUAUGCUUCUGUGAUGGGGGUAAUACCCUCAUGAUCGGAACCUCAGAAGGCGCCCUCGCGUUCUUUGAUACCUUUCCUGAGGAAGAAAAUCGCGAUAAACUCCUCGGGCAGCUUAUUCUCUUUGAUGAGGACGGCGUAGCAUCACUUGAGGUAUCCGAUAACGAGUUGCUAGUAGCCGCCGUGAGUAAAUCGUUUAAGGUGAAAAUAAUGGCUCGUCAGACGCUGCCAGCUGUCAAGCAAGAGCUUGAGAACUGUUGCGCGAUACGAUUCUCCCAUGAUAACCAAUUUCUUCUUGCGACUUCCAGUCAUGAACAAGGCUGCCGACUUUACGACCUUGAAACACAGCAGGAGAUGCAAAGCUUCGUUGAUCGUAACUGGGCGGGUGAAAAUAUAAAUACUCCUGCGGUUUUUGAUUAUUAUUCUUCACUUAUUCUGCACGAUGCAGUGCUUUGGGAUCUGCGGUGCAGUCGAAAGCCUGUCUUCCGAUUCGAUCGCAUCACUGAAUCCUCGGCGAGUACUUUUCACCCCUCCAAUCAGAUGGUGCUGAUUGACGAAAAGGUCUGGGAUCUUCGUUCGUUUCGUAUGGUGCAGACCGUCCCUGUGUUUCGUAAAACCACUAGUUUUCAUAUGAAUCAGCUCGGGAAGGUGAUUUACAGCUUCCGCCAAGCGACUUCGCAUUCGUAUGGCUCGACUUCGAUUGUUUCCGCGGUGGAUUCCUACUCUUUUGAGGUGAUCUUCUCCGAGGAAACGAACCCGCCCUUCGAGACGUUCGUGUUGGACCCCUCCGAUCGCUAUUGUGCGGCUAUUUUAUUGGAAGAUCAACAAUCCGUUGUGCGGGUGUUUUCAACAUCUUCUGGACCUUACCCUUCCCUUACAGGAUUUGCCUCCCCGAGGCCUCAACAACAAGAAUCAGAAAGUGAUUUCGAGGACGAGGUGUCCAGCGAUCUAUCCUCUAGCUACAGCAACUACGAGGUCUACGAUGACGAGGAUGGAAAUGAGGAAAGCAGCGCUAGUUAUAGCAUAGAAAAUGCACAGGAGGAUGACGAAGAGGGUUCUGAGCGAGAAAAUGAAGAGUGGAAUACGUCAGACUCCGAGGCGCGUUCUUUGCACAAUCGAGAAAGGGGAGCAACUUCAGAAGUGAGUUCAUCCAUGGCGAACUCUGAGCAAUCUACUUAG